AACAUUCAAUCUUCUCCUUAAUUUGUGGUUGGUUCUUCAUUCCAUUAUGGCUGUGUCUAAGGCUGCAAUUGCUUUGCUUCUCUUCUCUAUUCUUGUUCUCAAAGUGGCUGAAACUGAACAAACGCUGGGAAGCACUGACGCAACUAAAAUAGAUUGUGGGGCAGCUUGUGCGGCGAGAUGCCGGCUUUCGUCGAGGCCAAGGCUUUGCAAGAGGGCUUGUGGGACUUGCUGUGGUAAGUGCAACUGCGUUCCUCCAGGCACAUCUGGUAACCAGGAGGUCUGUCCUUGCUAUGCCAACAUGACCACACACGGUAACAAACACAAGUGCCCGUAAGGAUGAGAAUAGUGGAAGUAAAUAUGGGGGCUGGCUGCCGGCAUGGAAUAAUAGUGUGUUUCCUCUUUAUGUAAAACUAUUGGUGGUUCUUGUUUGGUAAUCACUAUAAUAUAAACUAUGUAAAAGUUAAGAGUAUGGAAAAUAUACUUCAAUGUUUUGAAA